AUGGCGUCACUGAAUGCGCGAGAUCUGAAUAAUACGCGCAAGGCUCAAAUGGAGCUGGUCUUCUUCAAUCGCGUGCCCAAAGUGGGCAGCCAGACAUUCAUGGAGCUGCUGCGACGACUUUCCGAGCGCAACAAUUUUCAAUUUCAUCGCGAUGCAGUGCAAAAGGUGGAGACCAUACGUCUGGCCGAGGAUCAGCAACAGGAAAUGGCCGAAGUCAUCAGCGAGCUGCCCGAACCCUCCGUGUUUAUCAAGCAUGUGUGCUAUACCAACUUCACCAAGUUCAAUCUGCCCACGCCCAUAUAUCUGAAUGUAGUGCGCGAUCCAGUGGAACGCGUGAUAAGCUGGUUCUACUAUGUGCGCGCUCCCUGGUACUUUGUGGAGCGAAAGGCAGCCUUUCCCGAUCUGCCGCUGCCGCAUUUCCGCCUGGCUCGAAGACAGCGAGGACUCUGA